AUGGGGCUCAGUGAUGGGGAGUGGCAGCUGGUGCUGAACGUCUGGGGGAAGGUGGAGGCCGACCUUGCUGGCCAUGGACAGGAAGUCCUCAUCGGUCUGUUUAAGACUCACCCCGAGACCCUGGAGAAGUUUGACAAGUUUAAGAAUCUGAAAUCAGAGGAGGAGAUGAAGGGCUCUGAGGACCUGAAGAAGCAUGGUUGCACCGUGCUCACAGCCUUGGGUACCAUCUUGAAGAAGAAGGGACAACAUGCUUCUGAGAUCCAGCCUCUGGCCCAGUCACAUGCCACCAAGCACAAGAUCCCGGUCAAGUACCUGGAGUUUAUCUCAGAAAUCAUCAUCCAAGUCCUGAAGAACAAACAUUCCGGGGACUUUGGAGCAGAUGCUCAGGGCGCCAUGAGCAAGGCCCUGGAGCUCUUCCGGAACGACAUUGCAGCCAAGUACAAAGAGCUGGGCUUCCAGGGCUGAGCCAUGGCCCCCACUGCUGGCCCACCUAGCUGGGACCCGGUGUUAUGUAGAAA